AUGGCGGAAGGAGACCCCUCGUAUAUAGACUACGAGGCCUUCCUGGACCCGGCGUUUUCACCGUCUUCAUUUGCCAAUACACUGGUGAACAGCACAAACAAUGCAACAGACACCCCGCUGGAUCUAUCAACGCCAUUAUCCCGGGUACUAUUUGAUCUCCAGGAGAUCGACACACACAUCCAUGCAUUGACAACAAAAUCAGCCCUCCCAUUGCUUGCGCACAUGCAAGACAGGACGGCAGCAGCAGAUCACAUUCUCAAGGAGUCAGGGACGCAAAUUGAAUCAGUGACCAAAGGAUAUGAACGCCUCCAAAAAGAGGUGAUCCAAAAAUGGCAAGCGGCCGACGAAGCUCGCAUUGCCGCCGAAAACUCACUGGCGACAGUCAGGCUAGCACGGGCAGUCAUGCGCUGUUUGACAUUGGGUAGACAGUUGGACAGUCAAGUCGCUGAAAUUACAGGCCGAGGCUCAACAGGACCGGCAAUCUCAGCAAGCGCGGACGGAGCGGCAUCACCGUCCGGGAAAGACGGAUUCCGUGCAUUGGAACGAGCUGCGUACACGAUUCUCAAUCUGCGAGAAAUGUUCUCAGCUGCGGCGGAAGGCGAAGAGGGCUACGGCCUGGAUCGGGUGAAGGUUAUUCGCACUCUCCAAGGAGAGUUUGUCAUGCCUGCAGAGAACAUGGUCAAAUCCAGAGCGCAGCAAGCCAUAAGCCGAUUCUCGUUGUUUUCAGUUUCAGCAAGCGGCAACGGCCAGUCCGUGCCAUCUGGCUACAAACAAGCCCGAGAUGCGCGAGCACGCCUAGCAACCGCUGCCACUACUUUAUAUCUCCUUUCACCCAUCCCCAAAGGAGCCACCACUGCAACCGACUACAAGCCCGAACUCCUGUUGUCAACAUUACAAGGGUACAUGCACACGGCAAUCAUGACAUCCGUGAACUCACUCGCCCGAGCCCUCUCCCAACUCCCAACCAUGGACCGAACGCUAGCCGACAUCUCCUCCAGAUGCCAAGACAUCGUCGCUCUUGAGACUAUCCUCAAAACCCUACGCCCACCACCUCACCCUCUCUUGAAUUUGGCCACAGCCGACGAGACCGCCGAACCCCAAACAACACCAUCGAACACGCCUAACCUCUUACAGCCUCUCCUACAGGCCCUGGACACUUCAUCACUACCUUCCUACUACUGGCGCUCCCUCGCCUCAUCCCUCACCUCUCGCGUCCAGGAAAUUGUCAACCGUGGUGGUGUCUCUGCACGAACACUACGAUCUAACCGUGAUCGACUGAGAGUCGAGAUUAAGGAGUGCGUACUUCGUGCAUCGCGUGUCUCCGCAACUAGCUUGUUAGCCGAGAAGGGUCGAUCAGGAACCGAGACUGUCGUUGUGGGCAACUGGGAACGAGAAGCUGCCGUCAUGGUGAGCUCUGUUGUUGGUCCACUGGGACGGUAG